AUGCCAACGAGGACAGACAAACCAGGCGAUGUAGUUAUUUUUCUCUCUUGUGGAACUACCCAAGAGCGAUACGUCUAUAUGAAAGCAGGGAAUAUCUUGUUGAAGAAGCUAUUCACAUCAAACUGCCAAGAUCUUGAAUUCCUCUUCGUCGUCGAAAAAUACUUGGAUAGAAAAUAA